GUUAUAUCCGUAUUAUAUCCCUUCAUAAUAUGGUUAGGGGAUAAUUAUGGGACAAAUUAUGAAUCAUAUAUAUUUAAUAUUCAGUCAAAUGGAUCAUUAUUCAUUGAAUGAAUAGGAAAUAAUAAUAAUAAUAAUAAUAAUAUAAUAAUAAUAAUAGAGGAUUAAAUGAAUAAAGAACUAACCGCCUUACCCGUCAUUCUAUCAUUAUUACAAUAUUACAUUACAUACAUAUUGGUAAUAUCCAAAUAUACAAUCAAUACAAAUAGAUCGAAGUGAUUGUGACACAUUCACACACACACACACAUACAAGUAAUGAUACCUCAAAUAUAUACCAGAUAUUACAUCAUCCAUUAAAAUUAUUAUUACUAUUCUGAUUAUCCACUUGUCAAAUUAAAGAUUUGAAAUAAAAUAAUUUUUUUUAAAAAAACAGCUAAUAAAACAUAUACUAUUGAUAGGAAUUAUAUAUUAUUUCUUUUUAGCUUAGUUACAAUUGAAAGAAGAGAAGAAAAAAAACACUAUAGACACUAACCAUCACCACAACAACAAAAACACAAUCAAACGAUUUCUAUUCUCUCAGACGGAAAAAAAACAAUAAUCAAUAAACGUUAGAACAAAUUAUACAAAAGAGAAAAUGAACAUUUAAAAUUAUAAAACAAAAAGAAUAUUAUAUCAUGUUGUGGAAUAUAUUAAUGCCAUCUUGAAGUUUGUUUAUUUUGAAUCUUUCCUGGGAACAAAAAACAAACAAACAAAGAAACAGAGACGAAGGUAUUAAUGAAACUGUAAAAACGAACAAACAAAAAAUAAUUUUUUUCAACUUGUUUUGAUAUCAGCUUGUAGAAAAAAACAAACAAAACAAAGAAACCAACAAAUUGGAUAGUUCAACUUAUUGAGAAAUAGAAUCAAUGUGGUAACAACAGUUAAAAUCAACCAAUUGAUUGUAUCAUAAACUUACAAAUGGUUAUAUCCUUUCAAGAACCAAUCCAUAUACAACUUUAUAAUCAUUUAAAAUGGAUGAAAAAAUGAAAGAACCCGAAGACGACGGCGACGAAGAAGAAGCAGACGAAGAAAAAGACAAAAAAGAAAAAGAAGAAGAAGAAGAAGAAAGAAUGGAACAAUCGAAUAAAUCUAAUUCAGAAUGUUCCAAUCCAAUUUAUAAAACUCAAUAUAAUAUACUUGAUGAUUAUGAUUUAAGAGGAUUUAAACGUUAUUCAUAUUUAUUACAUCAUCAACCAAGUACAGAAACCGAUAGUUUUGAAAUGUUUCAAUCAGUUGGUUCUACAAAAUUUCUAGAAAAUUUAGAUGAUUUUAAACAUUCCACAAGUGGAAGUUGGAAAUCGGUUAUAUCAAGUUUUGAAGAUGCUGACACCAAUCAUAAUAACUUUAAGAUUAGUAAUAAUAAUAAUAUUAAUAAUCAUUAUCAUCAAAUCAUUGAAGUAUCUCCACAUUCAUUGAAACCUAUUGAGGCACAACCAAACUCUUUUUCUUCUACGACGACGACGACUAGUACUGCUACUAGUACUACAAUGAAUAUUCCAUCUAAUCAACAAAUUCAUAUUGAUGAUUUACAAACAUCCAAAGAACAAUUUAAUUGUUCAUUCAAAUCAAUAAACAAUACAUUAAUCGAUAAUAGUUCUAGUAUCAAUGAUCCUAAUGAACAACAUUGUCAUUUACAAUUAGAUAAUAAUAAUAAUAAUAAUGUAAUAAUGCAUAAAACUGAUUUAUUAGAUCAUGAACUACGUAGAUUUGAAUUAAAACGAACUGCUACAGAGCAUAUUACUAAUCGAUAUAAAUAUCAUGAUCGAAUGGAAUCCUCUUUAAUGCAUCAUCAUCAUCAACAUCAUCAACAACAACAUCAUUCAAAUGAGAAUAGUAUUAUUCCAGAUAAUACUAUAAUUAUACGUCGUAAAUCAACUAUUCAUUGUUUAUAUCCAAGACAUUAUAGUGAUACAAUGAGACAAGAUGAACAAUUCAAUUCUCAUACUAUAGACUAUGUAGAUAAGAAUGAUAAGAAUUCUAUAAUUGGUAAUAGUAAUAGUAAUGGUAAUGGUAAUAGUACUAGUAAUCUCUAUGAAUAUGAUACUCAUUUAAAUGAAUAUAGAUUAAGUGAUAAUUUAAAAUCAUCAUUUGAAAAAGAAGAUGAAAUGAAAUCCGAUAAUUUAUUAGAACGUGAAGCUCAUAUUGGUGCAUUAGCAUUAGCAUGGGCAUCAGGUACGCAUAAACCAAAAAAAUCUCCAUAUGAUAAACAUACAUUAAGUAGAGAAACAUCGGAUAGAGUACAAGUGAAAUUACGACAAUAUAAUCAUACUACUAAUAAUAAUAAUCAUAGUAAAUCAUCUAUAAUGAAUCCUGAAAAUUUUAAAUUCAAUGAUUAUACUACUAAUAGUAGUAAAAAGAAUAGAAUGACAUUAUCUACAUUACGUGAGCUUAGUACAUCAAUUUUUACUCCAUCAAAAAGGAAUUUGAUAACCAGUUUUACCCAUCAUCAAAACGUUACUCAUCGACAGAAAGCCCAUUAUUCAAUUCAUGAAACUGAUAAUCUUGUUCACAGUAAUAGUGCUUAUCGACCUAAUCAUGAUGGAAGUAAUAUUCCUACUAUCGCUAAUACUACUACUACUACUACUACUCAAAAUAAUAAUAGUAGUAGUAGUAGUAACAAAACUGAUCAUCAUUUAAUACCUCAUAGUAUUAAACAAGCAAUUAUUAGAAAUACAGCAAAAAUUGCUAUCUCACCAAUAUUGAAUACAAAUAAAGAGAAUGAUAAUCAUUCAUAUAAUUCAAUAGAUCCAAUCUAUGAAUUAGAUCAAUUAGAACAAUUCAAUAGAAAAGAUGAUCAUCUACAUGAAUCACAUUCUAUUGAACAAUCAUCAUAUGAUCGUCAACAACAACAACAACAACAGCAACAACUACAACAAAGUGAAGAAUUACAAGAUUUACGUUCAUUAUAUGGUACUAGUGGUCCACUUGGUUCAGUUCAACCAACAAUGAAUUAUAAAACAUCAAAUCGUGGAAUUGGUUGGCGUUUACAUUGGCGUAAAAUAUUUAAUGAAAGACGUAGAAAAUUAGCUGAUUAUUCAUUAUUUUUUGCUGUAAUGGGUAUUCUAUUAAUGGUAUUUGAAUUAGAAAUGAUUAUGGCUAAAGUAUAUUUAAGGACAUCAAUCUAUUCCAUAUUGGUAAAAUCAUUGAUCAGUGCAUCAACACUUAUUCUAGUUGGUCUUACACUAGUCUAUCAUGCUGUUGAUGUACAAUUAUUUUGUAUUAAUAAUUGUAUUGAAGAUUGGCGUAUAGCAAUGAAUUGUAGAAAAAUUUCAUUAACAAUAAUUGAAGUAUUUAUAUGUCUUGUACAUCCUCCACCAAUUCUAUCUAAUUACAAUAUAUAUUCAUAUAGAAAUUCAUAUUAUACUGCAUCAACAUUAAAAAGUUUUAAACAAUUUGAUAAUGUUCUGAACGAUCAAGAACCUUUAUCCUCAUCAUCAUUAUCAUCAUCCAGUAUUCCAAUGAAUUCAUAUUAUAAUAGACCAAUAACUACAUCAAUCUAUGAUUCCAUAUUAGAUAAUCAUACACAAAGAUUAAAUAAUUAUAUACCAUUUCCAAGUGUACCAUUUAUAAAUGAUCAUCAUAAUGAUAUUCAUUAUGAUGAUAAACCUGUACCUAUGAUUAUUUUAGAAUUGACUUUUUCAAUUCCAAUGUUUUUAAGAUUAUAUUUAAUAUUUCGUGUAUUAUUAUUACAUUCAACAAUGUUUACUGAUGCUGGUUCACGUAGUAUUGGUGCAUUGAAUCGUGUGAAAAUCAAUGUUAGAUUUGUAUUAAAAACAUUAGCUACAGUAUGUCCCGGUACUAUGUUAUUAAUAUUUAUAUUAUCCAUGUGGAUUGUAACAAGUUGGAUUAUGCGUGUAUGUGAAAGAGAACAAAAUAAAGAAUAUGAGAAACUUUUAAAUUCAAUGUGGUUAAUUGCUGUUACAUUUUUAAGUAUUGGCUAUGGUGAUAUGGUGCCAAAUACAAAUUGUGGCAGAGCAAUAUCUGUAUUAGCUGGUGUUAUGGGAUCUGCAUGUACAGCAUUGGUUGUUGCAGUGGUUGCACGUAAGCUAGAAUUAACCAGAGCUGAGAAACAUGUACACAAUUUUAUGCAAGAUAAUAAAUUCUACAAAAAUCUUCGACAUUCAGCUGCUAAUGUUUUACGUGAAACUUGGCUAUUUUACAAAUAUACAAGACUUGUCAAACGUGUUAAACCAGGUCGAGUAAGAAGACAUCAAAGAAAAUUUUUAACAGCAAUAAGUAGAUUAAGAAAAGCAAAGGAUAAUCAACGUAAACUGAAAGAAGAUGCUAAUUCUAUGGUGGAUUUAGCUAAACUACAAACUAGCAUAUAUGAAACUGUAAAUCAUAUUCGAGCUGAUCAAACAAUUUUUGUUCAACGUUUGGUUGGCGUUGAAAAGUGCAUGACAUCAAUUCAAUCUUAUGUAAAUCAAAUGUCGGAUACAUUCACAGGAAUAAUUGAAACCCUUGAAACAUGUAAUACUACAACUGUACCAUUAGAUGAUGAAACAAUAUCAUCUUAA